AUGCCCAACGAAGGCUUAGUGGUACCCUUCCUGGGUGCGCUGCAAGCCUGUGUUUCCGUGCUAUUGACCAUGUGCUAUGGUUUCGCUGCUCGUCGGCUCCAAUUGAUCCACGAGACUACAAUCAAUGAUAUGCUAGGAUUAGGCGUGAAACUCCUCCUACCAGCACUACUUAUCGUGCAUCUGGGCGAGCAACUUCGUCUCGGGACAGCGAUGAACUAUAUUCCAGUCAUAAUCUGGUCAGUCCUUUACACAUCAGCAUCGAUCGGCUUCGCGCAUUUCUUAUCGCGUCUGCUUGUUCUGCCUCAAUGGGUAACACCGGCUUGCGCGUUCAACAACACCACAUCUCUACCAUUGUUGCUUCUUCAUUCCCUCGAGAGUGUAGGAAGUCUGAAACUGAUCUUACGCCACGGCGAGUCCACAUCCUCAGCAAUCGACCGUGCUCAGAGUUACUUCCUUGUCUGCGGCGUGAUCAGCAAAACAAUCGCAUACAUCGUCGGACCGAAGAUGUUACAGGAUCGCGGAGAUACUCUUAAUGGCUCAGAGGAGAGAGACCACACCGCAAGCAUACUAGCACGAGACGAACAACUCAGCGAAGAAACCUCACUGCUCCCACAGCGCGCUCAACAAGCCCGAACGUCGGCCGGCAACCUGAUCCGACGACCAAUGCACUGGCUCGGCUCAUUUUUCCCCCACCGAGUCAAGCAGGAACUCCUCGCGCCGUUCGAGUCCCCAUUCGCAGACGUGGCAAUAAUAUGCACCAUUCUCGGCUCGGUUCUAGGCCUAGUCCCUUCGCUGCACAGAGCAUUUUUCUUUGACGAGGAAGAUGGCGGGAUAUUCAAUGCGUGGCUGACUGCGAGUGUCAAUAAUAUCGGCGGGUUGUUUACAACGCUGCAAAUCUUCAUGGUUGGAUGUAAGCUUGGCAUCACGUUUGAGCGGAUGGUUGCAGAGGGGAAUUCGGCCCGAAUCCCUGCCAAAGCCAUCACGACGAUCUUUGUCGUUCGUUUGGUGGUCUGGCCGGCGCUGAGUGUUUCACUCAUCUACGGACUGGCUAAAAGGACUCCUCUCCUUGGUGAUGAUCCGAUCCUCUGGUUUAGUAUGAUGCUCAUGCCUGCUGGUCCACCAGCGCUGGUAAUUUCGGGGUUAGCAGAAUUGGCGCAGGCGUCUGAGACGGAAAAGAUGGUUAUUGCAAAGGCGUUGACGAUCAUGUAUGCGUUGUCGCCAUUUGUAUGUUUCACCAUUACGGGGGCGCUUAAAGCUUCCGAGGCGGUGUUGAAGGAGAAACGUUAA